AUGAAGUCCCCUCUAGAUCUCCUCCUCCUCAUCCUCAGCUUCGCCCUCGCCGCAACAGCCCAAUUCCAGUUCUUCGAGCAGAUGUUCAGCCACGGCCAGCAGCAGCAACAACAACCUCAGAACACGGGAAGCGACUCUGCGUGGUAUCGGCAGACGUACGACAACGCGUAUUGUGACAAGUACCUAUGUCCUGGCACCCUUUCGUGCGUGCACUUCCCGCACCACUGUCCGUGUGCAUUCUCGGAGGUUGAGGAGAAGGUUGAGUUGGGCGAGGGCAUUGCUAUUUGUGCGAGUAGAGGGGGUUGGAAGGCGGGGGAGGCGGCGAGAAAGAUCGAGCUGGCGAGGAAGGGGCUGUUGUAG